UUGCAGUUGCUCGAAAUGUCUCCCAUCUCUAAUUGGAUAAACAAAUGUUAUUUGGAAUGUAAUUCCAUCUAUGCCAUUUAAAUGCCGACAUUUGCUGAAUUUCAAUGCCAAACUACUAUAGACUGCAAACAGGGUGCUGUGCGAGCAGUUCGCUAUAAUAUCGAUGGAGCCUAUGUCCUUAGCUGCGGCUCUGAUAAGAAAAUCAAGUUAUGGAAUCCUCAGUCAGGUCUUUUAUUGAAAACCUACGGAGGACAUGCUGAUGAGGUGACGGAUGCGGCAGGCAGCUGUAAUAGCAGCUAUAUAAUAUCAGCCAGUCUGGACAAAAGUAUUAUCUACUGGGAUGUAUCAACAGGCUCUCCAGUUCGUCGUUUGCGUUCUCAUGCCGGGGGCGUACGUUGCGUUUGCUUCAAUGAGGACUCCUCCAUAGCCAUUUCCGGUGGUCGUGACAACGCAGUCAUGUGCUGGGACAUACGCACCCGUCGUCUGGAUCCGGUUCAAGUGAUGAAGGAAGCCAAAGAUUGCAUUACAACAGUUCUAACCAAUCAGGACAAGAUAUAUGCCGCUUCCUUGGACGGCUGUGUUAGGUCAUACGACAUACGUAUGGGAGAAUUGACAUGUGAUAAAGUUGGCGAACCCAUCACUUAUCUGGCCCAGACCAAAGACGAACAAUGCUUGGUGGCUGGUUGCCAGGAUAGUGUCGUUCGUCUGUUGGAUUGUGAGACAGGUGGACUUCUCUCCGAGUACAAGGGUCACAAGGCGGAUGAUUAUCACAUUGAAUGCGGCAUUUUGGCCAAUGAUGCACACAUUGUCGCCGGUUCCAGUGAGGGAUUGGUAUUCAUCUGGGAUCUGCUGGAGACCAAUAUACUGCAACGUCUACGCAUAAGUGACAAUGGUGGAGUCGUCCACUCGCUGGCCACACAUCCGAAGCGUCAAGAGCUUUUGUUUGCCCGUCGUAGAGAUAUAUAUGUCUAUACCACCGAUAUACAAAUUGAGGAGGAGCAAUUAUAAAUAUUUCUAUUUAAAAUUAGAGUAACAAAUUUGUUUUUAAAUAUAAUAUAGUGUAAAUUUGCAAAUUGGACAAUUUCGUUCUUCUAGUUUCUUACAUUUAAA